CGUUCCCUCACACACUCGCUCAUCCCAAGCACUGACUUCCGGUGUUGUGCGGUUGGGUGGGGGGCGAGGAGGCGCACGCUCCCCCCCUCCCUACCCCCCCACCGGUGUAGAGACCCCCCCUCUUUCUAUAUACCCCCCUCAACUAUUUGUUCCUGAGGGGGGGUGAAAGAGAGACACGCCUACAAAGAGAGUCCCCCUCCCCACAGGCUCCCAAGCCCCGCCCCCAGGGGCUGAAGCCCCGCCCCCAGAAGCCCCCCGCGCCCCGCCCUCCCAAAGCCAAGAGGACCCCACCCCACACAUCCCCCCCAGUGAUGACCCCCUCCCCCUUCACCCCCAGGUCUUCCUCUACUGAGCACACACAAUCCCCUCAAAAUUAGGAACCUCCCCACCCCCAUAUAGGUUUUGGAGAAGACUUAAAUUGUCCCUGUUUCCCCCCCAAAGUGCUCCCCUUUAAAGAGGGUGAGGUGUCACACAGAAGAAAGGUGUGUGUGGGGUCUUACUGUCAAUCCCUCCCCUCCACUUAGACACCCCAGAUCUAUUCCCCCACUCCCCAUAGGGAAUUGAGGAAAGCCCCCGGGGUGGGGUGAGUGUGGGGCAUCCCCAUCCAUCUCACCCCCCACCCCACAUUGGUAAGGGAGAGAGAGCGUGCUGUGAGGGAGCAAGGGGGUGCCCCCCCCAGUCUGCUAUGGAGAUGCAGAAGGGGAAAGGGGGCACAGCAGCUGCAGCAAGUGGAGGAGGAGGAGGAGGAGGAGGAGGGAAAUUGCUGAUCUACACCAGCUUGGAUGCCAAGGAUGAGUUAGAGGAGAGGCUCGAAAGAUGCAUGGGCACCGUGACGUCUCUGACUGGCGGGGUCUCGGAGAGGGAAGCCAACGACGCCUUGAACGCUCACGUGUGCAAAGGAGCCCCCCAGCAUGAGGAGAUCUGCCUGGGGCUCUUCACCGUGAUCCUCACCGAGCCGGCUCAAGCCCAGAAGAGUUACCGGGACCUGGCGCUGGUGAGCCGAGAUGGAAUGAACACCGUGCUGAAUAAGAUGAACCAGAUUCUGAUGGAGAAGUACCUGAAGCUUCAGGACACGUGUCGCACGCAGCUGGUGUGGCUGCUGCGGGAAAUGGUACGGAGUGGUGUCCUUGGCAUCGACGGCAUCUGCAUGACCUUCAUGAAGCAGAUCGCAGGUGGAGAUGUGACAGCAAAGAAUAUUUGGCUGGCAGAGAACAUCCUCGACAUGCUCACGGAGCAGAGGGAGUGGGUGCUGAAGAGCGCCAUGCUGAUCGCCAUGUCGGUGUACACCUACCUGCGCCUCAUCGUGGACCACCACGGCUCCCCGCCCCUGCAGGCCCUGCGCCAGAAGGAGGUGGAUUUCUGCAUCUCCCUGCUCCGCGACCGGUUCAUGGAUUGCUUCAUGAUUGGCCGGGACCUGGUGAGACUCCUGCAGAACGUUGCUAGGAUACCCGAGUUUGAGCAGCUGUGGAAGGACAUCAUCCACAACCCACAGGCUCUGAGUGCACAGUUCACAGGCGUGUUGCAGCUGCUGCAGUCCCGGACGUCCCGUAAGUUCCUGGCUUGCCGCCUGACGCCAGACAUGGAGACGAAGCUGCUCUUCAUGACCUCUCGGGUCCGCUUUGGCCAGCAGAAGCGCUACCAGGACUGGUUCCAGCGGCAGUACCUCUCCACCCCGGACAGCCAGUCCCUGCGCUGCGACCUGAUCCGCUACAUCUGCGGGGUGGUCCACCCCUCCAACGAGGUGCUGAGCUCCGACAUCCUCCCUCGCUGGGCCAUCAUCGGCUGGCUGCUCACCACCUGCACGUCCAACGUCGCUGCUUCCAACGCCAAGCUGGCCUUGUUCUACGACUGGCUCUUCUUCAACCCCGAGAAGGACAGCAUCAUGAACAUCGAGCCCGCCAUCCUCGUCAUGCAUCACUCCAUGAAACCCCACCCAGCCAUCACUGCCACCCUGCUGGACUUCAUGUGUCGGAUCAUUCCUAACUUUUACCCUGCCCUGGAGGCCCACGUGCGGCAAGGCGUCUUCAACUCCCUCACACACAUCGUGGAGAAGCGAGUCCUGGCGCAUCUGGCUCCCCUCUUUGACAACCCGAAACUGGACAAGGAGCUGCGGGCCAUGCUGAGAGAGAAGUUCCCGGAGUUCUGCAGUUCUCCCUCGCCCCCCGUCGAAGUCAAAAUUGAGGAGCCCGUCUCCAUGGAGAUGGACAACCACGUGUCUGACAAGGAUGACAGUUGCUAUGACAACGCGGAGGCCGCCUUCAGCGACGACGAGGAGGACUUGACGAGCAAAGGGAAGAAGAGGGAAUUCCGGUUUCACCCCAUCAAAGAAGCCGUCGUUGAAGAGCCGGUGGACAUCACGCCCUUCUUGGACCAGUUGGACGAGUCUUUGAAGGAUAAAGUCCUUCUGCUGCAGAAGGGGAGCGAUACAGAAGCCCAGUGUGAGGUCAUGCAGGAAAUCGUGGAUCAAGUCCUGGAGGAGGAUUUUGACCAGGAGCAGCUCUCGGUCCUCGCUUCCUGCCUGCAGGAGCUCUUCAAGGCUCACUUCCGUGGGGAGGUCCUGCCGGAAGAAAUCACAGAGGAGUCUCUCGAGGAAUCUGUGGGGAAGCCGCUUUACCUAAUAUUUAGGAACCUCUGCCAGAUGCAGGAGGAGAACAGCAGCUUCUCCGUGCUCCUGGACCUCCUGUCCGAGCUCUAUCAGAAGCAGCCCAAGAUCGGCUACCACCUUCUCUAUUACUUAAAAGCCAGCAAAGCCGCGGCCGGGAAGAUGAGCCUCUACGAGUCCUUUGCGCAGGCCACGCAGCUGGGCGACCUGCACACCUGCCUGAUGAUGGACAUGAAGGCCUGUCAGGAGGACGACGUCCGGCUCCUCUGCUACCUCACGCCUUCCAUCUACACCGAGUUUCCAGACGAGACCCUGCGGAGCGGGGAGCUGUUGAACAUGAUCGUGGCUGUCAUUGACUCGGCUCAGCUGCAGGAGCUGGUUUGCCACGUCAUGAUGGGCAACUUGGUGAUGUUCCGGAAGGACUCGGUCCUUAACAUCCUGAUUCAGAGCUUGGACUGGGAGACCUUUGAGCAGUACUGCACAUGGCAGCUCUUCCUGGCCCACAACAUCCCCCUGGAGACCAUCAUCCCCAUCCUAGAGAAUCUCAAGUAUAAAGAACACCCCGAGGCCCUGUCCUGCUUGUUGCUGCAGCUGCGGCGGGAAAAGCCAAGCGAGGAGAUGGUGAAAAUGGUGCUCAGCCGGCCGUGCCACCCAGACGACCAGUUCACCACCAGCAUCCUCCGGCACUGGUGCAUCAAACACGACGACCUCCUGGCUGAGCACAUCAAGUCCCUCUUGAUCAAGAACAACAGCCUGCCCCGGAAACGCCAAAGCCUGCGGAGUUCCAGCAGCAAACUCGCCCAGCUGACUUUGGAGCAGAUCUUGGAGCACCUGGACAACCUACGCCUGAACCUCACCAACACCAAACAAAAUUUUUUCAGCCAAACCCCGAUCCUUCAGGCUCUGCAGCACGUCCAGGCCAGCUGCGACGAGGCCCACAAGAUGAAGUUCAGUGACCUCUUCUCCCUGGCCGAGGAGUACGAAGACUCCUCCAGCAAGCCCCCCAAGAGCCGCCGGAAAGCCACGGUCUCCAGCCCCCGUAGCCGCAAGAACGCAGCCCAGCCCGCCAACAACGAGGAGGAGUCCGCCUCCAGCAGCGCCUCCGAAGAGGAAGACACCAAACCCAAACCGACGAAGCGGAAGCGGAAAGGUUCCUCGGCGGUUGGCUCGGACAGUGACUGAGUGGGGGGUGGAGGGGCCUGGCAGUGCCGUGGGCCUGCCCUGCCGCCAAUCCGCCCCGUUGUUGCCAGCAGCCCCCGGGGCGGCAGCCGCAGCGAGUGGACCCGGAGAGGCUGGACAGACGGCGUCGGCAGUGAGGGGCUGCUCCGGAGGGACCCCCCUGCGGACUGGAACGCGCCCCCCUCCUCCGCCCCUUCCCCGACCUCCGCCCUGGCCACCUGGUCCCCUCCCCGCCACACGAGCCACGCUUCUCUCGCGCCGGGCAUUGCCCUCCUCCGCCUUGCCUUUCCGUCUUUGCACAGACACAGCCGGGGAAGGGGAGGUGACUCUUGGGGGGUGGGGUGGGGGGGGCGUUCUGGAAGACACGGGUCACCCCAGCCACGGAAGCAGCCGUGGGCCCGAGAGAGAGAGAGAGACUGUGUCGGCCUCCCCUCUCCUCCUCCUCCUUGAAAUGUAAAUAAAUGGUGUGAACCGGUCUGCUGCUCCAUUGGUGCUUCUGGCUAGGGAGGGAAAUCCCAGGACGGGGCUCAUCUGGGGCCGCCCGGCCAGGCCCCCCCCCCGCUCUUUUUCCGGGCAUCCCGCUUUCUCUUCAGCCAAGAAGUACCAUUUCCUACUUUCCCCCCUCCCUCCAAAAAGGGGCGAAGACGCCUGCUGUUCCUUUCCUGCCGAGCACAUUCUGGUCACCACGCAAGCCUCCAACACUCCCCCCACCCCUGCCCCACAACUUGGCUUUCUGCGGCCUCCUUGCCACUCCCAAGGCCCCGGACAUCUCACCACCCCACCCCACCGCACCCCCAGCUGGGAUAUUGACACAGAGGCCGGUAUCCCAAGGCGCCCCCCCCCCCCGCUAACUUCAAGGAGCAACUCCCUUCCGCAGCGCCCACUGGGAAGGAGCUUACGGAGGGAACACAGCGGCAGGCAAGCCAGAGAAGAUGGUAGAUCUAUUUUUAAUUCCCUGUCCACCCACCGAGAGAUUAUCAUUUUUAAGUGGUUUUUAAAGAGACAAUAAAAACUGUCGACCUGUUUUGUACAA